AUCUGCUAUCCUGAAAUAGUCCACAAAAAUACUAGUGACUGUAGUGGAGUGUGGUAGCAGUGUGAGAGGAAACCCGCGUGAGGUGGGGGGUAAUGCAAAUGAGAUGCUUGCACCCGAGGAGGAUUGGCGAGGGCCGGCUUACAGGGAGUGAGUCAGUGGUUGGCUGCAGCUGCAAGGUCAGGAUUAAACCCCAGCAUGGGCAGGGACUUUAUCCAGAGCCUCGAGGUGACUUUGGCAGCUGACAGCUGCCGGGAGUUCCUGCUUGCUCGUCUCUUGACAGGUGACAGUUACGUGUGUCCAUCCUUGCAGGUAAGAGACUGCUCGCAAUCCUGCAUUUCCUGCAGGCCCCUCCCGAAGCUCAACAGAAUCUUGGGUAGUCUAUUUCACAAUGGUGGACACCUUAAGUCACCUAUAAAAUGUUAUGAUUUUGAGAGACCAUCUCUUUUAACUGUGGAACAGUGAGUUAUAGACUUCAAGUGAAACUGAGUGUCCCCAUCUUCUUCCCUGAGGGCCUUUGAUGCAGGGAAGCCAGCAGGCCGUUUCUCAUGGUUACACAUGUGCUUUGCUCAGGAUUUCCAUAUUGAAAAGUAUUUUGGAAAACAAGCAUAAUGGGUCAGAGGUCAGAAUUUUAAAGCAGUUAGUGUGUCUGUAAAGCAGAAGGAAAUGCUGUCUUAAAACAUUUUCAUUACAUUUUGUGUGUGUGUGUGUGUGUGUGUGUGUGUGUGUGUGUGUGUGUGUGCUCUCACACACACGUUUGUGGGGGCCCCCGCUUGUGGAAGUCAGAACAACUUUUGGGAAACAGUUCUUCUACUGUGUGCAUUCAAGGUCGUCCGUCAGGCUUGGCAGCAAAUGCCUUGCCCUGCUGAGCCAUCUCAAAGGCCAAAGCUGACUUAAGGUAAUGUUCAAGUUCGAGGUAUUGAUAAUGAUCACGUGCCAGCUUUUAGUGGCUUUUUUAUACUCCCUGCCUCUUUACCCUAUAAAUUACAUGUGGUAAUAUAUUGUGUACCCUAAUAAACUUCCUCCAACAAGGCCACACCUCCUAACAGUGCCACUCCCUUUGGGGGCCUUUUCCUUUCAAACCACUACAGUGAUUGUUUAUCAUGUAGAACUACUUCUAAAACAUUCCCAAAGAGUCCAUCUCCCCUUUGCCCUUCUUUUCUUAACCCUUUCGUCAUCCUGCUAGCUGAAAUGUAGAGGUGAUGGCUGGAAACCAUGCCGCCAUCUUGGAGCAGAUAGAUGAGUGCUGUGUGCAUCCUGGGGUUGGGACAGUGAGCUGGCAGGACCCCAUUGCCUCAAUACUUUAUGGACUGAGGCUGACCUAGCAAGUCUGGGUUGUCUCUGCUUCUGAACUGUCAAAUAAGGAACACAGAAACUUCUACUAGGCCACUGUUAUUCUGGAUCUCUAUCUUGUGAGAGUAAAUAGAUCUAAAGCAAUGCUGUUGAAAGUACAUUAAAUUAAGCUGUUCAAACUGGUUGUUAAAGAUGUGUGCUGAAACUGAUAGGGCUAAGAUAUAAUGAGCUGCCAUGUGUUUGAACCUACGCAAAACCUACGGGGCACUGUUGUCUAGGUUUUAGACAGUUUAUAGGGUGAACCAGGAAGGCUAUCGGGGGCCCGGAGGGCCAAGUCACUGUUACGUUGUCUCUAGAUUAAGAAGACUGUGUAUUCCAGGACAGUAAUCUGUUUCACAUAACUCAGUCCAGUCUUCUAACAGGAAUUGUGCAGUGAGAUCUAUGAAGAACGCCAAGUACAAUAUACAGAAUGGAGUAUCAGUGUGCAUUCGGGCCAGGGAGGCCCUCUGAGCUCUCAACAGUGGGUAAUGCACCCAGGAAAGCAAGCAGAUAGACUGUGGCUUGUCAGUUAUUGGAAAAGAUGAUAGGAUUGUGAGAUGGCUCAGUGCACACAAGGCUAACAACCUGAGAUCUAUCCCUACAACCCAUGUGAUGGAGGAAGAGAACUGAGCCCUGCAAGUUAUCCUCUGACCUUUAAACCUGAGCUGAGUCACAUGCAUAUGAGUCUGUGUGUGUUUAAACAUGAUGUAAAAGAAUUAAUUUUAGAAAAAUAGUGGAGUGGGGAAGUGUUUAUGGAAUAAUAGUUUUCUCUUUCACACAGCUAGUAGCAGCUGAUUUGGAGGGGAAAUGUCACAGGACAAGGCUGUGUUUUAUUUGAUGUAUACCCGAGUAUGUGCGACUUAGUACUUGGCUUACAGAAUAACUGUUGUUGAAAAUAUACUCCGGUAUGCUGAGCAUUGUGUGGCUGGUGUGGCCGAGUGACAAGAUGCUGCUGUUUGUCAGUCUGCUUCCUGUUUCUGACUUCCCUUUCCAAGUGUUCCAGCAGGGAGGAUGAAACAGUCAGACAGAGGGGCAGAGCUGACGGACAAGGACGGGACACUUUGCACAUCGCCCAGUCCUGAGAACGGCCUCUCUGGAAUCCUGAGGCUGCUGCUGCAGGAGCUGAGCCUUUUCUACAGUCGAGAUGUGAAUGGCGUGUGUCUCUUAUAUGACCUCCUCCAUUCCCCGUGGCUGCAGGCUCUGCUGAAGGUCUAUGACUGCCUCCAGAAGUUUAAAGAAAAGAAGCUCCUUCCUGCUACAACCCAUGCACAGAUCCUAUCCUGUGAGGUCUUGGAGCUAUUACCCAAAGCCUCCAGUUCUCCUGAGAUCCAAGAGCUGAGACAAGUCCUCCAGGCUCCACACUGCAAGGCUCUGCUCAGUGCCCAUGACACGGUAGCUCAGAAAGAUUUUGAACCCUUUCUCCCCCCGCUGCCGGACGACAUCCCCGACAGCGAGGAAGCUUUGAGGAUCGUGUGUUUGGUGAAAAACCAGCAGCCCCUGGGAGCUACCAUCAAGCGCCAUGAGAUAACAGGGGAUAUCCUGGUGGCCAGGGUCAUCCAUGGCGGGCUGGUGGAGAGGAGCGGGCUGCUGUACGCUGGAGACAAGCUGGUGGAAGUUAACGGUGUUUCAGUGGAGGGCCUGGACCCCGAGGAAGUGAUCCACAUUCUGACUCUGUCCUGUGGUACGAUCAUGUUCAAGGUGGUCCCGGUGUCUGCCCCUCCUGUGAGCAGCCAGCAGAUGGUUUAUGUUCGUGCCAUGAUUGAUUACUGGCCCCAGGAGGAUGCUGACAUCCCUUGCAUGGAUGCCGGAUUGCCUUUCCUGAAAGGAGACAUUCUACAGAUUGUGGACCAGAACGAUGCCCUCUGGUGGCAGGCCCGGAAAAUCUCAGACCUGGCCAUCUGUGCCGGGUUAAUCCCUUCUGAUCACCUGCUGAAGAGGAGGCAGCGGGAAUUCUGGUGGUCUCAGCCGUACCAGCCUCACACCUGCCUCAAAUCCACCCGAUCAUUUCCUAUGGAAGAAGAAGAUAACGUGAGGAUUGACGAGAAGUGUGUGGAAGCAGACGAGGAGACUUUUGAAUCAGAGGAACUUGCAGAAGCUAAAGAGGAGUUUGUUGGCAAUGGCCAGAAGUUCUUUAUCGCUGGCUUCCGCCGCAGCAUGCGCCUCUGCCGCAGGAAGUCGCACUUCAGCCAGCUGCACGCCAACAUGGGAUGCUCCUGCAGCUGCUACAGUGCCGCGGGUGCCCCUUACGAGGAGGUGGCGAGGUACCAGCGGCAGCCGGCAGACAAGCACCGCCUCGUCGUGCUCGUGGGACCUUCUGGCGUUGGCGUCAACGAACUGAGAAGACAGCUCAUCGGGCUGAAUCCCAGCCGUUUUCAAAGCGCUGUCCCACAUACCACCCGUUCCCCAAAGAGUUAUGAAAUGGAUGGACGUGAGUAUCACUACGUGUCAAAGGAAACAUUUGAAAGCCUCAUGUAUGGACACAGGAUGCUGGAGUAUGGUGAGUACAAAGGCCACCUGUAUGGAACUAGUGUGAAUGCUGUACAUGCAGUCCUUGAUGAAGGAAAGAUCUGUGUCAUAGAUUUGGAGCCUCAGGAUAUUCAGUUGGCUCGAACCCAUGAACUGAAGCCCUAUGUCAUAUUUAUUAAGCCACCUAACAUGAGUUUCAUGAAACAGUCUCGGAAAAAUGCUAAGAUUAUUACUGACUACUUUGUGGACAUGAAAUUCAAGGAUGAAGACCUACAAGAGAUGGAGGAUUUAGCUCAAAAAAUGGAGAGUCAGUUUGGCCAGUUUUUCGAUCACGUGAUUGUGAAUGACAACUUGCAGGAUGCAUGCGCCGAGCUGUUGUCUGCCAUACAGAAGGCUCAGGAGGAACCGCAGUGGGUACCGGAAGCGUGGAUGUCUCCUGGCACUGAGUCUUAAUCAAGUCUCCUCUUUAAAACUGGAGGCUUGGGGUUGGGGAUUUAGCUCAGUGGUAGAGCGCUUGCCCAGCAAGGCCCUAGGUUCGGUCCUCAGCUCUGAAAAUAAAUAAACUGGAGGCUUAAUAUUGUGUCCUAAGGAUCCAGCCUAACAGCUGCACUAGAAAACAGCAGCAUUUGACCCAUUAGAACUGCAGCUGUGAAGUGCUGCAGCUUAUUGUAUGGCUGUAACUAGCACUUUGUAAUGAUAUGGAGCUACUUACUCGGCUCCGUCGGCUCCCCAUAUGAACUAAUGGUAGGCAUGUGAAUAAUGCUAAGUCUCUAAAUGUGACAAUAUUCAUGUGAGAAUUACAGAUUUCAUAUGGUGUUUGUAAGAUUUAGUUUUUUUAAGUUUCUUUUAAAUAAAUCGGACAAUAAAUAGUUAAUGGCUGAAACUAUUUUACUUUGUAAAAUAUUUUGUCUUCUGUUUUAUUUUUACAAAAGUGCCUAGUUGACAAAUUCAACAAGAAUGGUUGUUAACACACAUAUCUAGUAAGGAAACCUAUGGCAGUGUCAUUUCCAAAUCAGUGCCCAAAUUAGUAGAGCGCAAUGGACUCGUCCUGGAGGCCUGUAUAUGAGCAAACUCCAAGAUGAGGAAUCGUGGUCUCCCUAGAUCCGUCAAUUCGAGCGGCAUUCCCUGCACCCAUGGCUGCUCAUCGUCAUAUCUACACUUCCCUCCAUUCGACACACUAUUUUAAAUAAUGAAAGGAUUCAAAAAGCUUAUUCUUUCUUAAGUGAAUAUAUUAUCUAAAACAAACGCGGGGAAAAUUAAGUCGUUUUACAUGAUGCAAAGGUGAGAUGGGCUUUGGCCACAGGUUGUGGCUGUGAACAUCUUCCUGAGAACCUGAUUUUAUAGCCGUUCCCACUGAAUAAACUAUUAGAACGGCAUAUA